UCCAGGACUUUUGCAAGUCAAUCGUAGCGAUUGUCAAUCAUUUAUCAUUUUUUUGUUGCCAUGCGACAGCAACAACCAAAUCAUGGCGGUGAAAGGACUUACUGGGAGACAGAAAGCUGCGUUGGCAGAAAUAGUCUCUUCGGAAACUUUAACUGACAUCGAGGAAUACAUCAGACCCCAAUUCCCACCUAAAUUGGCGAGCAAAGAUUUGUUGACACCGGAAAACAGUUUACCGAAGGCAAACAUAAACUCGUACUCCAGAAGACGUAUUGUUCAGGACGGGCAUGGAAGGUGGAGAGAAGUUAAACCACAACUUUAUUCCAGUAAUUUACAGUCGCGCUUGAGAAAUAAGCUAGCAUCUACAGGAAAGAGACAACAUAGCCUAGAGAGUAAAGAUGGAAGUAUAACAUCAACUAAUUUUAAUAACAGGAGUCAUGGACACGAACAAACAAAUUAUAAUAAUCUUUCCCUGGCUUUGAGGUCAAACGUUUUCCCAGGUCUUGGAAAUAAUCACUGGAACAGUACAACAGCUAAAGUUUUCACAGAACAGGAAAUUAUUCCACCGCAUCAAAGAGACAAAUUUUUUGGUAUGCAGACUGACGAGUUUGGACAGUGGUCUGCAGCCAACGUGCAUCAUGAAAGGAUGAAGAAGACUUGGGACACAUACCUUGAUACGCUACCAAAACAGGCAGCAAACUGGAAACCCCAAGAACAAAAAGAAAUAACUCCCAAGGUUGGGAAAUCUCCACCGCAAGCAAAAGUAAAGAAAGCCCAUCCUAAACCAAAAGGACAGAAGAAACAGGCUCCAGCUACUGAAGAGAAAAUUGAAGAGAAUCCACCUUCACAACCCCCAAUAGACAUUCCCAAUGAUGACAAUGAUGAUGACUUUUGGGACUUUUAUGACAAGCCAUUCAAUAAACCAAAGUAAAUGUGGUGGCUCCAUUGCUUGAGUCAGAUGUAAAACAUUAAAAGCAUGAAGAAAAUUGAGUUACAAAACUAUUGUUGGCUACCUUCUGAAUUCAAAAUACACAAACAGUAACAAUAAUUUGAUAUUCUAAUGAUGAUUAUUUUUUGUAGGAGAAUUAGUUCAUGCAUUACCGUUCAACUUGUACAUGUACACGUACAUAACAUGAGGCAAAUGAUAGAUUAUUUUUACAUUUGGAAAUUAAAAAAAAACAACAUAAAUAAUGUAAAUAGAUGUAUACAAUAAAGCUAUUUUGAUUCGUGAAUUAAAAAAUGUUGGAAAAAAAGUCAUUAUUUGGUAGUUCGUUCCAAUUUAUUGCAUUUCAUCUGGACUUGCAUUAAUGUUGACGGGUGUAUAAGCAAGUUUUACCAACCUCCCCUGUUUCAUGAUUUGUUGUAACCUGAACCUGGGCCACACUGGUGGGAGGUGAGUGCUCUCACUACUGUACCAUCCUUGCUCCCUGACAAUAUACAGCUGUAUUUCUUGAAGUGUGGAAGGUUAGGUUUACAUGUACAAAUCUGAUGUUAAUGAAUUCUAUGGCAAAAUAGACACAAAACAUCACUCUGAAGGCAGGUGGCACACCUGGCAAACUGAUGGUACACACUGUAGUUGGGUGAAAUCUCCAUCAGUUUGUAGUAACUGCACAUAAAAAAAACUGGUUUCUUUGAUGAGAAUAAGUUUAGUGGAGAAAAUUAAGCAUGAAAAAAAUUGAGUAACAAAAAUCUUUUCACAAACAGUAAUCACAAAUUUGAUAUUAUGAUUACUUUUUUUUAAAGGAGAAAUGUUAGUUUACGUGUACAACUUGUACACAUAAAUG